UAUAUAUAUAUAUAUAUAUAUAUACAUUCACGUUCAUAGCUAGUUAAUCUCGAAAUUAAGCACGUGAUACAAAAUCAUCUAUUUUUCAUUAUUUGUUUUAUAAAUGAGAUUUUUCUGAUUAAUUAAAACGAAGAUGAACGUGGAAGGUAUUGAAUAUAAAAACAAUCGUUUAAAAAGUUUUAGAACCGGUAUGAUAGACUUUGUUGCCGGUUCCUUAGGUGGUGUCGCAUUGGUUUACGUUGGUCAACCUCUGGAUACGGUAAAAGUAAAAAUGCAAACAUUUCCACAAUUAUACAAAGGAAUGAUAGAUUGUUUUAUGAAAACCUUAAAAACUGAUGGAAUAAUGAGAGGCCUUUAUGCAGGUACCAUACCAGCAGUUGUGGCAAAUGUUGCUGAGAAUUCAGUUUUAUUUGCAGCUUAUGGUUGUUGUCAAAAAGCCGUAGCCAAUGUAACAGGAGUACAAAAUGUGGAGAAUUUAAAUUCUUUUGGUAAUGCAUGUGCUGGAUUUUUUGCCGCAUUUUUUUCAUCACUAACAUUGUGUCCAACAGAAUUAAUUAAAUGUCGAUUACAAGCCAUGAGGGAAAUUGAAAUUCAUGGUGGUUCAUCUGCAAGUUUAAUUGGACCCUGGCAAUUGACUAGAAAAAUUAUUCGCGAAGGUGGACCUGCUAGUUUAUUCCAAGGUCUUUCUUCGACAAUAGCUAGAGAGAUGCCGGGAUAUUUUUUUUUCUUUGGUGGCUAUGAAGCAACAAGGGAACUUCUUGCAAAUCCCGGACAAAGUAGAGAUGAUAUUGGCUGGCAAAAAACAAUGGUUGCUGGCGCUGUUGGAGGCUCAAUUUUGUGGCUUGUAAUAUUUCCUGCCGAUGUUGUGAAAAGUCGAAUACAAGUACAAAAUCUUAAACAGCCUGCACUAUUAAUUGCAAAGGAAAUAAUAAGAACAGAAGGUAUUUCUGCUUUAUACAAUGGUCUUAAACCAACUCUUAUAAGAACAGUUCCUGCAACCGCAACUUUAUUUGUCACUUAUGAAUAUUCUAAAAAACUAAUGCAAAAUUUUCUAUCCUAAUUUAACGGCAAUUUAGGAACUAUUUUGUUAAAAAGAAAAAAUGAGUACUAUUUUUAUACUCUUACAAUUUAUAGCUAAGCAUUUAUUGACUUCUUUUAUAAAAAGAAAUAUUUUAUAAAUUAUUAGAAUUAUAUACAAUUGUUAAAUAAAAUAAUGUAAAUAUCAAAAGUAUGUUUUGAAAAAUAUCAUUUUUUUGUUUUUAAA